AUGAUAGAAAGUGAUAUCCCGUCCAUAAUGUCAGGAAUCAUUAGGAAUUCAGGGCAAAAUCACCACCCUUCACAGGAGUACAGACUCUUAGCUUCUGGCCCCUCCCAGCUGAGUGAAGAUGACCUCCCCAGUGACUUACAGUCCUUGUCGUGGCUGACAUCUGUUGAUGUUCCUCGGUUACAACAGAUGGCCAGUGGAAGAAUGGAUUUUAGCCUCAGUGCCCAGAAUGCAGUGCUACAACAGACAGGCCCUGUAGCAAGCAACAUGCACUCGACAGGAGCACCUGGAGCAAUGAUUCAUGUCCAGGCCAGCCUGCCACAGGGAAUCCUGGGACUGAAUUCUAUUUCAACACACGGAGCAAAUAUGAGCCAGUAUGCUGUAGGUGGGCAGCCAUCUCCUAGUUUACAAACACAGCAACAACUCUUUCCUCCUCACUCACAGCAAGUGUUUGCCCUAGCACAGAACACACAACAGUGUAACCCAGCAGCAAUCUACAACACAUCCUAUGGGACCCAGCCACACUAUUCUCAGCCACGCCUGGCUCCUCACUCUGCCCAAGAACUGCAUCCAAAGCAUUACCCCAAGCCGAUCUAUUCAUAUAGUUGCUUGAUUGCAAUGGCGCUGAAGAACAGCAAAACAGGCAGUCUCCCAGUGAGCGAGAUCUACAGCUUCAUGAAGGAGCACUUUCCCUACUUUCAGACAGCCCCUGAUGGCUGGAAGAACUCUGUGCGCCACAACCUGUCUCUGAAUAAGUGUUUUGAGAAGGUGGAGAACAAGAUGAGUGGCACCUCUCGCAAAGGGUGCCUCUGGGCUCUCAAUCCUGCCAAGAUUGACAAGAUGGAAGAGGAGAUGCAGAAGUGGAAGCGGAAGGACUUAGCUGCUAUUCACAGGAGCAUGGCUAACCCAGAGGAGCUAGACAAGCUGAUCACUGACAGACCUGAGCACUGCAGGCGACCCAGCAAACAGGCAGAGCCUGAGGUCUCCACCCUGAGCCACAUGGCAGCAGCCCAAGGCCGAAUCUCCAUCUCCCAGCUGCAGCCUCAGCCCAUCAUGACGCUCUUGCUGCAGUCCAUCCCCCUGCAUCACCAGAUCCAGACCCAGGCUCGCAUCACCCCAGACUCACCAGCACCUGCACAAACGCCUCCUCUCCAUACUCUGCCUGACAUGAGCCACAGCCCUCUUCCCCACCAUCCCAUGGGACGCGCGCCUCCGGACUUCCUCAACAUGACAGCAGACAUGAACGCGGAGGUGGAUGCUCUUGACCCAAGCAUUAUGGAUUUUGCAUUGCAAGGUAACAUAUGGGAGGAAAUGAAAGACGACGGCUUCAGCCUUGACACCCUGGGUGCCUUCAGCAACUCCCCGCUCCACCUCUCAGACUGUGACCUGGGCACCCCUGGCCUCACCCCUGUCUCCAGCGGCAGCGAUCACUCCUUCUCAGACUUGCAGGUCACCGGCCUUUAUACCACCGACACGACACUGGACAACGUAGCGGCAGCUCAGUACAUGAACCCCCAAGGCAACAAACCCAUCGCUCUGCUCUGAGUUUUGCACCGUUCCACAGACCUCUGACUCAGGGGCCAGUUUCUCCUAACUGUUAAAUUCCGACCUGAAAGCAAUAAAAGAGCUCCUCCUGCAGA